UAUGUAUAUUAAAAAAAAAUAGAAAUUGAUUAGUGAAGCAUAAUCUUUUCUUUUGGUAGUACAAUGGAAGUGCUGUCUGCUAAAUUUUCUAGCUGUUCACAAGGACCUGAAGACGGACAAUAAGGUAAAAGUCCGAUUCAGAAAAUGGAUGAUCAGAAGACGCUUCUGAAACAAGUGUUCGGUGAAUCAUCAGACAGUGAAGACGACGACGAACAGCAACAACGAAUCGAAGAUUCAGUAUCCGGCGACGGAUCACACUUAACCAUCGACCAUAACCCCAUUUGGGAACCAAUCAAGGAAAUUAAUGGUUUGUGGUUGUGCAGAGACUUCCUGUCUCCUCAGCAACAAUCUAGCCUGCUCUCCGAUAUUCAAAACGAGGGAUGGUUCACGGUGGCCUCUAACAAUCAGUGUUCCUUGCAGGCUAUGAGAUUUGGAGAUCUCCCAUCUUGGGCCAUUGAACUUUCUAAUUCUAUUCGGGAAGUUGUGCUAUUUGGUGAUCAGAUUUGUAAAUCUGCAGACUCAGUUAGUUGUGAAGGAGACAAAGGCACCUGUAUAAUUCCAACAAAUUUGUUGUGGAGAGAGCCACUAUUUGAUCAACUAAUUGUAAAUGUAUACCAACCAGGUGAGGGGAUUUGUGCACAUGUUGAUCUCAUGCGCUUUGAAGAUGGAAUUGCCAUCGUCUCCCUGGAGUCAUCAUGUGUGAUGCAUUUCACACAAGUGGGAGAAGAUUGUGAGAAUGGAAAGGGAGAAAACGAUCAGCCUAUGCCAAGAGUUCCUGUUCACUUAACCCGUGGAUCUGUUGUUCUAUUAUGGGGGGAUGCCCGCUACCUUUGGAAGCAUGAAAUUAAUCGCAAGCCAGGGUUUCAAAUGUGGGAGGGGAAGGAAUUAAAUCAAAAGAGGAGAACAUCCAUAACCUUGAGAAAACUUUGCUGUGUUGAGUAGCAAGGUGUGACUCAAAAUUGAUCAGGAAAAUUGCCUUGUCCUCUUAUUUCCUGCUUUUAGUAUUUAAAGUUUCCGAGGAAAAUUGUAAUUGAUAGUUGCAAGUUGUACUAAUUUACACUGCUGUGAAACAUUCUCGACUCAUUUUAACCAA